GGCACGUGACACAGCACUUGCCUGAGUCCUUCGAGUUCAUCUUCAUCACCGGUCUUUGCUACUCCAUCGCCGCCACUUAAAACUCUUCUCUCCCUCUUGAAAGAGUGCACGAUCUUCCUUUAUCGUAAAGUCUAGCUCUCUUUUAAUUGUCAGCUUUGUAUUACACCGAAGAUCUGUGUGAAAUGACGACGUCGUUUGGGGCGGCUAACACAGCAAUCGCCAAGGACCUGAAUGUCCGUGUUGCGACAAGUUUUAAUGGCUUGAAGCACACUUCGGAUUCGCUUUUACUGAGUAAACGCCUGCACGUGCUCCCUUCUUUCUCGUCCUCCGAAGAGGGCUCCACUUCAAUUAUCAGAGCUGUUUCUACGCCUGUGAAGCCGGGUACUUCUGCUGAGCCUAAACGUAGUAAGGUUGAAAUCAUCAAAGAGCAUAGUAACUUUAUAAGAUAUCCUCUCAACGAGGAGUUAUUGACAGAUGCCCCUAAUAUUAAUGAGGCUGCUACACAAUUAAUCAAGUUUCAUGGAAGCUAUCAGCAGUACAACAGAGAUGAACGAGGUACGAGGUCUUACUCAUUUAUGCUCCGUACAAAGAACCCAUGUGGAAAGGUUUCAAACAAACUCUAUAGGGUCAUGGACGAUCUAGCUGAUGAGUUUGGGAUAGGUACACUUCGUUUGACAACUAGGCAAACAUUUCAGCUCCAUGGUGUUUUGAAGAAAGACCUCAAGACAGUGAUGAGUACUAUCAUAAAAAAUAUGGGCUCAACUCUUGGGGCAUGUGGUGAUUUGAAUAGAAACGUUCUUGCUCCAGCAGCCCCUUACGCACAAAAAGACUAUUUAUUUGCUCAGAGAACUGCUGAAGAUAUUGCUGCACUCUUAACUCCUCAGUCGGGUUUUUACUAUGAUAUGUGGGUGGAUGGAGAAAAGAUCCUGUCUGCAGAACCCCCUGAAGUAGUGAAGGCUCUCAAUGAUAAUUCUCAUGGUACAAAUUUUCCUGAUUCACAGGAGCCCAUCUAUGGAACUCAGUUCUUGCCGAGGAAGUUCAAAGUUGCAGUCACAGUGCCCACAGAUAACUCGGUGGACAUUUUCACAAAUGACAUUGGUGUUGUUGUUGUGUCUGAUGCUGAUGGAGAGCCUCAGGGCUUUAACAUAUAUGUUGGUGGAGGUAUGGGAAGGACACAUAGAAUAGAAACAACUUUUCCCCGUCUAGCAGAGCCAUUGGGAUAUGUGCCAAAAGAGGAUAUAUUGUAUGCAGUGAAGGCUAUUGUUGUUACGCAAAGAGAAAACGGGAGAAGAGAUGAUCGCAAGUACAGCAGAAUGAAAUACUUACUCAGCUCUUGGGGAAUUGAAAAAUUCCGAACAGUUGUUGAGCAAUAUUACGGAAAGAAGUUUGAACCUUGCCACGAGUUACCUGAGUGGGAAUUCAAGAGUUACUUGGGAUGGCAUGAGCAGGGAGAUGGUGGUUUAUUUUGUGGUCUCCAUGUUGAUAAUGGCCGAGUCAAGGGGACUAUGAAAAAGACACUAAGGGAAAUAAUUGAGAAGUAUAAUUUGAAUGUGCGUAUCACACCAAACCAGAAUAUCAUCUUGUGUGAUAUCCGGCAAGCAUGGAAGCGCCAAAUCACUACAGCUCUUGCUCAGGGUGGCUUGCUCCAACCAAGCUAUGUAGAGCCUCUCAACUUGACAGCUAUGGCAUGUCCAGCUUUUCCACUUUGCCCUCUUGCAAUUACAGAAGCUGAACGGGGAAUUCCCGACAUCCUUAAGCGAGUUCGAGCUUUAUUCGAGAAGAUUGGGCUCAAGUAUAGUGAAUCCAUAGUAAUAAGGGUAACUGGUUGCCCGAACGGUUGUGCUAGACCUUACAUGGCUGAACUCGGCUUGGUGGGUGAUGGUCCAAAUAGUUAUCAGAUUUGGCUUGGUGGAACACCGAACCAAACCUCAUUAGCAAAACCGUUCAAAGAUAAGGUCAAGCUUCAGGAUCUUGAGAAAGUUCUGGAACCUGUGUUCUAUUACUGGAAACACAGAAGGCUAUCUAAAGAAUCAUUCGGUGACUUCACAAUCCGUACGGGUACGGAGAAACUUCAGGAGCUUGUGGAUAAAUGGGAGGGUAUACCACAGGCAGCAUCACACUAUAACUUGAAUCUUUUUGCUGACAAAGAGACAUAUGAAGCCAUAGAUUCUCUUGCAAAACUGCAAGAUAAGAGCCCCCAUCAGUUGGCUAUGGAAAUCAUCAGUAAUUUUGUUGCCUCCCACCAAAAUGGGAAAAUUGAGUGAGCUAACCCAUGGAGGAGGAGUAAUCAAUAUCAGAUGCAUGUCCCUUUCUGAGCUCUACUUAUUGGUUGGUAAUAACUAUAAAUGGUUGAGUGUGCGUUGUCAUGCUGGUUGUAGCUUUUGAUUGUUUUGCUCAUUUAUUAGCCUCAUUUUCUCAUUCAGUUUUCUUGAGUUCGAAUGGAAUGUGCUCUUUACUAGAAUUGAGUAGAAUUUGAAUAACUGGAUUUUUCUGGCUUCCAUGUGUUUGCUUGCUCCUGCUGUAGGGAACUUCUACGAUCAACUGUUGUAUGUGUUAUGAGGCUUUUGAAAAUAAAGAAAUUCUACUCUUUUUUAUCAA